AUGGAGGUCCUGAUAGAGAAGGUGGAGGAAGAGGAGGAGGCUGAGCAGGAGGAGGGGGCAGAACGGCCCGUCAAGCCCGAGAAAAUGACGAAGUUGCUGCAGAAGGAGACAACCACGCUGACGCAGGAGACGCUGAGAAACAUGGAGCAGAAGAUGUUGGAGAUCAAGGUCCCCGUCCCGAAGGAGCCCUUGACCAAGGACACUAUUGACACCUCCAAGCUGCCCCUUUCCUACAAAAUCAACACACCUAAGGAGGAGCAGCUGUUGCAGGUGGCAGACAACUUCUCUCGCCAGUACAGUCAUCUGUGCCCGGACCGCGUGCCCCUCUUACUGUACCCGCUGAACGAGUGCCAUGUGCCCAAGUUCGUGAGCACGACCAUCCGGCCCACGCUGAUGCCCUACUCCGACCUCUACAACUGGGACAGCUGUGCUCAGUUUGUCUCUGACUUCCUCACUAUGGUACCCCUGCCUGACCCCCUUAAGCUGCCCAGGUACCUGUACUCCUCGACCACGGUGCUCAGGUACCAGAAGGGCAACUGCUUCGACUUCAGCACACUGCUCUGCUCCAUGCUUAUCGGCUCUGGCUAUGAUGCCUACUGCGUCAACGGCUACGCCUCGCAGGACCUGUGCCUCAUGGACCUGACGCGAGAGGUGUGCCCGCUCACCAUGAAGGCCAAGAAGGUGGUUCGUAAGGUGGAAAAGGCACCGCCUAAGAAGUAUGCCAUCAAACCCCCCAGGGACCUGACCAGCAGGUUUGAGCAGGAGCAGGAGCUCAAGAGGCAGCGGGAGAUGAAAGCUGCUGAGGAGAAGCGGCUGAGGGAGGAAGAGGAGCGCCUCCUGGAGGCAGAGAAGGCAGCACCUGACUCCCUGCAUGGCCUGCGGGUGCACUCCUGGGUCCUGGUGCUGUCAGGAAAGCGUGAGGUGCCCGAGAGCUUCUUCAUUGACCCGUUCACAGCACACAGCUACAGCACCCAGGACGACCACUUCCUGGGCAUCGAGAGCCUGUGGAACCACAAGAACUACUGGGUCAACAUGCAAGACUGCUGGAACGGCUGCAAGGACUUGGUCUUUGACCUGGGAGACCCUGUGAGGUGGGAGUACUUGCUCUUGGGGACCGAUAAGCCUCACCUGAUGGCGGGUGAUGAGGACAACGGAGUGAGCGAGGACGACGACGAUGUGGAAAAUCUGGGCAAGGAGGAUGAGGAGAAGAGCUUCGACAUGCCGCACUCGUGGGUGGAGCCAAUUGAGAUCUCACCGGAAGCAUUCGAGACCCGCUGCCCCAGUGGGAAGAAGGUCAUCCAGUACAAGAGGGCAAAGCUGGAGAAGUGGGCCCCGUACCUCAACAGCAAUGGCCUUAUGUGUCGCCUCACCACCUACGAGGACUUGGAGUGCACCCGCAUCGUGGAGAUAAAGGAGUGGUACGAGAACCGAGAGGACAUGCUGGAGCUGAAACACAUGAACAAGAUCACGGGCCUGAAUAUCGACUACUUCAAGCCCGGCCACCCCCAGGCCCUGCGUGUGCACACCUACAAGUCCAUGCUCCCUGAGAACGACCGCGCUAUGGAAUUUUACGAGUCAGCCCGUGUGGACAGCCUGAUAAGGCGAGAGGAGACCCCCGACACCAUGACCGAGUACUUCCAGGAGAGGCCCGACUUCCUCUCCUACCGGCAGGUCAACUACGGCCCCAGGAUCAAGAAGCCCGCUCCGAGCAGCACGGAGUCCAAUCCCCGGCCUGUGGUGAAAAUCACAGAGCGGUUCCGCCGAAACCCCGCGAAGCCUGCGGACGAGGACGUGGCGGAGCGCGUGUUCUUGAUCAUGGACGAGCGCAUUCAGCUGCGCUACCACUGCCGCGAGGACUACAUCACUGCGUCCAAGCGCGAGUUCUUGCGGCGAACCGAGGUGGACAGCAAGGGCAACAAGAUAAUCAUGACCCCCGACAUGUGCAUCAGCUUCGAGGUGGAGCCCAUGGAGCACACUAAGAAGCUUCUCUACCAGUACGAGACCAUGAUGCAGCUCAAGAGUGAGGAGAAGCUGUCCAGACACCAGGCCUGGGAGUCGGAGCUGGAGGUGCUGGAGAUCCUGAAGCUCCGAGAGGAAGAAGAGGAGACCCACGUGCUGACCAUCUCCAUCUAUGACACCAAGCGAAACGAGAAGAGUAGGGAGUAUCGGGAGGCCUUGGAGCGGGUGAUGCACGAGGAGCACCUGAGGCAGAUGGAGACCCAGCUGGACUACCUGGCCCCCUUCCUGGCCCAGCUCCCGCCGGGUGAGAAGAUGACACGUUGGCAGGCUGUGCGUCUCAAGGACGAGUGCCUCAGUGACUUCAAGCAGAGGCUCAUCGACAAGGCCAACCUCAUCCAGGCCCGCUUUGAGAAGGAGUCCCAGGAGCUGCAGAAGAAGCAGCAGUGGUACCAGGAGAACCAGGUGACCCUGACACCGGAGGACAAGGACCUGUACCUGAGCUACUGUUCUCAGGCCAUGUUCCGCAUCCGCAUCCUGGAGCAGCGGCUCAGUCGACACAAGGAGCUGGCCCCCCUGAAGUACCUGGCGCUGGAGGAGAAGCUCUACAAGGAGCCACGCCUGGCCGAGUUCCUCAAAAGUUUUGCUUGA